GUAUACGGGUUCACUUAAUUUGAGAACCUCAGUGGAACAUAUCUAGAUAGCAAGUUCUAAAAUAUUUUCUAUACAGUUAAUAUACAAGAUCUGUGUAUUAAAUAUUAUGGCAAACAACUCAGCAAAAGAGGUGUUGUCAGGGAUUGAUUAUGCUGUUUUCAUCGGAAUGCUCGCAAUAUCUGCAUUAAUUGGAGUAUUCUACGCAUAUCGAGACAGAAAAUCUAAGGACGGAACCAGGGGGUACCUGAUGGCGAACAGAUCGAUGGGUGUUUUUCCAGUGGCGUUAUCAAUCGGAGUCAGCUUUCAAUCGGCUGUAACUGUUCUUGGAAUCCCAGCCGAUGUUUAUCAAUUUGGUAUGAUGUAUAUUUGGUUGGUAUUGAGUUUGGUUCUGGUGACGAUAAUAGUGUCAACUGCAUUCAUUCCUACGUUGUAUAAUCUUGGAAUUUCAAGUACAUAUGAGUACUUGGAGAAAAGAUACAGUAAAAGCAUGCGACUCAUCACAACAGGCACGUUCAUAGUGCAAUAUUUUUUAUUUCUCGGAGUGAACAUAUACGGACCAUCGUUAGCGCUUAGGGGAGUUACUGGAUUGAGUUCCAUAUCGGCUAUGUUGUCAACUGGAUUGAUCUGCACACUGUACACUACACUGGGUGGAUUGAAAGGAGUAAUAUGGACAGAUGUAUUGCAAGGUGCUUUUAUGAUGGUUGGAAUGCUGACGUUUAUUAUUCGAGGUUGCUUUGUCAUGGGUGGAAUUACCGAGGUCUGGAACAUUGCUGAAGCUGGAGGACGAACUGAUAUAUUGAAAUUCGACCUAGACCCAAGAAAACGAUACACUGUUUGGACAGUCGCUGUUGGAUCGUUUAUUAUUUGGAUCGGGAUUUUGGGAACAAAUCAAGCUCAAGUUCAAAGAUAUCUGAGUGUGAAAUCUGAAAACAAAGCAAAGAAGUCCUUGUACCUGGGAGUCACAGUGGUUUCGAUGUUCGCUACCCUAGCAGUUCUAUGCGGACUUGUGUGUUAUGCAUAUUAUCAUCAAUGUGAUCCAAUAUUAACAAAUUGCAUCGACAAAAGGGAUCAGUUGAUGCCGUACGCCGUGAUGGAUUUGUUUCGAGAUAUGCCUGGUGUUCCUGGAUUAUUUCUUGCCUGCGUAUUUUCAGCUAGUUUAAGUACUGUAUCUUCUGGAUUGAACGCUAUGGUAACCGUCACUAUAGAAGAUUUUGUUAAACCCCAUACAAGAUGGAGUGAACGAAGAUAUACAUGGUUUUCGAAAGGAUUGGGUGUUGCUUAUGGCUGCAUUACACUCGGAAUAUCAUUUCUCGCAUCUGUUCUUGGAGACAUCGCGUCGAUUGGUAUUGCAAGCCUCAGUGCCUUCCUCGGUCCGAGUGUUGGAAUAUUUAUUCUUGGACUGUGGUUUCCGUUCGUCAAUAGCACGGGCGCAAUAUUUGGUUUCACAAGUGGCAUAAUCGCAACAGUGACUUUAUUUUUUGGCGGUCGAAAUUUGAAAAAACCGAACUCACUCGUCGGAAUGCUUGAUGUUGGAUUGUCAAAUUGCCCGAAUGAUUGCGGGUACAUGACUUUUAACAACCAAUCCUACGUUCAUGGGAUAGCACAGACUACAGAGGCCUCCUAUUUUUAUCGAGAUACAUCAACAACAAGCGAACCAGAAAUCGAAUUCACAGCGAUGGAAAACUUUUUUGCCAUCUCUUAUUUUUACACAGCAUCAGUGGGGCUGGCUGUUUGCUUGGUUAUCGGAAUUAUCACAAGCUUAUUGUCGUGUGGUUGGAGUCAAAGACACACGGUUGAUAUUCAUUUGCUGCGUCCUCCUUUCGAAGCUGGUUUAUUCUCCUGGAUUCCUGACAAAAUUCGAUCUUAUUUACGUUGUGGAAUAUAUUGGGAAGAUCGCAAAAAGCAACCAAGAGGUAUUUAUAGCGUUGGAGGUGAAGAAUCGAAAGAUGAGAUCCAUGCCGACAAAGUAUAGAAAUACUAAUCAACAAUCAAUAAAUUUAUGUCGUUGUCCCUGCGAAGACGUCCCUACUACCCACGUAUAGGAUCCAAGCCUAUUUUGUGGGAAUUAUCUCAUUGCACUUCAGUCACACGGACCCUAGAUGCGAGUGAUUCAACGGACACAUCUCACAGUAUUGCAAACUAGUUGUAGAAUAUUCAUCAUCACACAAACGCGAUGCAUCUUCGAUUCUGGACAAGAAGCGGACCUAUAUAAAUCGUUUUGCAAAAUACUUGCUGUUGUUGAAAGAAUUGCUUUUUUUUGCAACUAAUACCCAACCGAUUUCAUAUUUUUAUUAUGUUACUUGAAAAGAUGGAAGAAAUCGCUGGAAGACUAUUAUUCUCAUUUUUUAUUUAUUUUUUAAAUUUGGGAAAUUGUAUGGGUC